CCGGCGGCGAUCGAUUAACGUUGGCAUCUUGGAGUGUUGUGGCUUAAUUGCUCCGGCUGAUCGAUCGAGUUCAUUUUACCAUGGCGAGCUUGUUCCAUGUCGUGUUCUUCUGCUUCUUCCUCUUCCUCCUCGGCGUCGCCGCCCAACGGGAGGUGCUUCUCUCGGUGCUGACGACGAAGGACGGUUCGCCCGCCGACGGCCUGUUCGUGGCGAGCCUGCAGGGCGCCGGCGACGACGGGAUCCACAUGGCCAUGCACUACCACGACCUGUCCUUCGCUGGCUUCGCCAACCGGAGCCACCACUGGCACGUCUUCCGUGGCGACGAGGGCAUCCUCCCCGACGCCAGUCCCCUCCCGUUCCGGAACACCUACUGCGACCUCAUCGGCGGCCUCGGCAACCUGCCGGAGCUGCCCCUGGGGAGGGCGCCCACGCUGCGAACCAUCCAGGCGCUCGCCUACUACGACGCGGACACCGCCGGCGAGGAGGAGACGGCCGCGGUCAGGCGGGCGGUGGCGGCGCUGUCGGUGGUGCUCACCCAGAGCGCGCGGCUGAAGCCGGUCAUGGAGACCGUGGCGCGCGCGUGGGAGGGCGAGGCAGAGGCCUGCGUGGCGCCGGAGCAGCUGCCGUACAUCGAGCACUGGGAUACCAUGUCGUUCGAGCUGGUCCGGAGGAGGCGAACAGGCGCGUGGGACGGGCCGUUCACCGAGCUGCUGAGGAGGAGCGCCGACGUCCGCAUCGUCGAGGAGGAGGCGCUCGCCAUCGCCGGCGUCCCGGCGAACCGCAGCUUCACGCAGCUGCGGGUGAAAACGGGAUGGAUAUCACCGGUCCGCUCGCCCGUCCAAAUUAAUUCGGGACAAAUUCGGAUCACCAAAUCGGUUAUCCGGAAAAUAAUACGGGUUUCGGGUCAGGUUCGGGUAUUUUUUCUCGGAUACAGAUACGGGUUUGGGAAUGUGGUAUCCGAUAAAUACAAGUUACUCGGCAGGUUAAAUAUCCGGAUAUGACCUGGAUAGUUAUAGCCCAUCAAAAGCCCAUGCUGCAUUCAUAUAUAAUUAAAAUCCAGUAAAAAAAUAUUAUUCUAAGUGUUCCAUAUACAUGUAUUAACUUUAUUUAUACUUCUUAUUCAU